GAAACCACAUGGGGAGUGUAUACUUUUUUAAAAAAACAAAUCCCUUUGUUUUUGUAGAACUGCACAUUGGUUUGUAUUAUUAACGACAUGUUUAGUUAAUAUUUUAUUAUGUAUAUUCAGCGGACCUUAAAUCAGACAAAACUAUCACAUUUCGACUAUCGUUUCGUUGAAGGAUCCAAAAGAAUUCAUUAGCCUGGUAUUUCUAACCAAAGGCGGCCGCUAUGUUGAUCGUUAUCUUUUGCUAAGCUACACAAGGACAAAAAUGCGAAAUUCUUUGAACUGGACUCAGUCGGAUGCUAUAGCUGAAGCUGUAUCAGCGGAGUCCUGCCACAUUGUCUUGAAUACACCCCCGAUAGAUUAUGUACAGAAAAUUUCGCGGUAUCUGGAGUCUUCUGUGGGACAGAGCAGGCAGGACAAUGUAUCCGGUGACAAUGCUGAGGCAGAAAGCGAUUCGGGAGACAGCCUGUUCAUCACUCAGAAGCCAGUGCCCGAGGCUGUGAGAACAGGACGACGGCAUCACUACAGCUUGAGGUCCCAACCAACAUUUCCCAGAUAUCUAGAAGAAAGUGGAGAUGACACCUCAUCUUCUGAUUACCAUGGAAAAUCUAGAACUGAUGAAAAGAGGACAAGAAAGAAAUUCAAACUGCCCAAAUAUAGUUUCCCUUUCCUCAGAGAGAGGAAGGGGAAACCCAGGAGCACUCUGUUGUUUGCCAAGCAGAACAAAAGACUUCAUACUUAUGCAACGGGAGGCUUCUUUAAAUGUGUCAGAGAGCUGUGGCAGGGGUAUCAACGAGACGAUGAUCUGCUGUCAUCCUUACCAACUCUGGACAUAGACAGGACGUACAUAUCUCCAUUGUCAGAAGAAGAAAGGUCAGAAGAUGAGGACAUCAAAGUGGUGGCAAAGAAACAUUUUGUAGCUCCAUCAAAAUCAAAGUGCUCACAACUUUGGUACGCUCCAGAGAAGAUGGACAUCCAGGUACAACAACAGAGGAGGAGGAGGAGAACUAGUACUACCAGGCAGGAAACAUCGCAAGCAAAGCAAAGCAAGAUAUUUCAUAAAAUAUCAUCUAAGAUGUCCAUAUCGAGGCCUGUACUGUUGCCUUCAGAUAUAGAGAGCUCUGAUGAUGGAGAUCCUUCAUGUAGUGUUCUAGCUGAGAGAGAGACAAGGGAUAAAUGUGUGACAAGUGACAGAAGCAUCCUGGCCCAAACUGAAACAUCAACGAGAACAAGACGUCUUACCAGAGCAAAAAAAGCCAUUAUUUUUCAGAGAAAAGAAAGGGAAGAAGAGCUGUGUAGCGAUAGUGAUGCUACAGUUUGUGAGCCACUUAAGCUACAUGAAAGUCCAAGUAAAUCGGCACAGAAGGGCAGAGAACCAUCCACAACUGUAUCAGAAGCUCAAACUGAUGCUUUCCACAUAGAUGAUCCAUCCCAGACACAACAGGCAGAGGAUGAGCCUGAAAACCAAAGUCUCCUCCAAAGUCUCCCAGACCUUCUAAGUGACACUAAUAAUGAUAAGAUAUGUAGCGCAACCAAGAUAAAGAAGAAGAAGAAAAAAGAAAAAAGUGAUAAUGAAAGUGUAGAAGAAGGAAAGGGCCAGGGUCAUGAAAAGCCAGAAGGUCAACAUGUAGCAACAUCUGUGAAUGUGGAGGCAGGAGAAACUCCCUUCCUGGCUGAGGGAAAUAGAGCAAAGCCCCUGGCAUUGCAGACUGGUGAUGAGCUGGAGCUGAGUAAAAACAAUUGGAUGGAGAACUUGUCAUAUGAUGAUAACAUACUGAGAUGGGAGGAGAGAGACAGUCCUGAUUCAAAAACAGUGAAAAAGAAGAGGAAAAAGAAUAAAUCCACAGCAGAAAAUGUUAAGCAGGAUGUGGAAGUAAAUGUAGAGUCUGGUGUGAGAGUGGAGGAUUCAUUUAACAUGGAGGAUAGUAUCAAGAAGAAGAAAAAGAAAAAGAAAAGGAGUGCUGCGGAUGAAGAAGAUGCUGAGCAGCUGCAGUCUAGCCCAGUUGCAGAACCUCUAAAUGAUGACACCGAGACACAGAGGAGAAGGAAGAAAAGGAAAAAAGAAAAAAGGAUUGUAAUUCCUGAGGAACACGAAGAAGAACAAGUAUCAAAUAUAAUUUCAGAUCUGCCCCCAGUGCCAACAGAAGAACAAUUGGAAGAAACAGGAAAUAGUUUAGAAAAUACUGAAGCUUUGCAAGAAACAAUAGAAUACAGUUAUAAAAAGAAAAGAAAAAAGCACAAAAAGAAGCAACAGUCAUUUUCUAAUGAUGCUACUCAAGUUGGAGCAGAAGAUAAUGUGGAUGUGCACUUGUCUAAUGGUGCUGUAACCUUGGAAGGACACACAGGUAUGUAUGUUAAGAAGAAGAAGAAGAGGAGAGAAAACAUCUUUGAGGAGGCAGAUAUUUCUUACACUCCUGACAAAAACAACAAAGUUGAAAAUGCACGCAAUUUCCUUGAAACAAGGGAGAGCCUUGAUGACCAAGAUGCUCAGUUGGUGGCUAGGAAAAAGAAGAAGAGAGAGAAAGUGAGUGAAACAUGUAGCAGACAUGUCUCAGAGGACACUGUGGCACAAAGUGAUCAGUGGGCAUCUGUACGGAAAAGGGAAAAGAAGAGGACCCCUUCCUCCCUCACUGCUGAUUCAGAGGAAAAACGUGCUCAGUCACACAAAGAACAAAACUCUUCUUCAGAAGCUGUAGCUGCUCAAGUCAGUAGUGCAGAAAAGCCUGGUGUCAGCGCUGAUGAUUUUCAGACUGAAUCAGCAGAAAUCGCCAGAAAUUCUAGUGUUGGGGUAAGGAAAAAGAAAAGGAAGAAGAAGAAGAAUGAGACUGUCAAUAAAGACCAUGAGCCGGAUUUUCAAACACACCAGAGUGCUUUAUCUGAAAGCACUGACACAGGGGUAAAGAAAAAAAAGAAACGCAAGAGGACUGAGAGUGAGUCUAUGACCUUCAUGGAUGAACUGGACAGUGCAGCUGAUGCAGGACAUUCUCAGUCUGAUGAGGCUGUGGCAUUAAAAAAGAAGUGCCAUGUGAUACAGGAGAGUCCGUCAACUGCCACUGAAGAUACUGAAUCAGAAAGAGCUACAGUAAAUACUAUUAGCUCUGUUUCACAAAAGAAAAAGGGCAAAUAUGGUCACAACACUGAAAUAUCUCAUGGUAGCAGUAUCUGUGACCGAGCUACCAAGGAUACGCUGAAUGUUGCUGAACAUGCUUUGCCAUCUUCAGAAACUCCUGGAAGUCGGGCAUUAAAUGACACACGAGAGAAGAAAAAGAAGAAAAAAACUAAAGCCACUGCUAAUGUUUUGCUUGAGGGGAAAUUGUUGACCAAAUCUGCUGAAACAGAGGCCAGUAAAAGCAAGAAGAAGCCAGCAGUUGUUCCCAGUUUCACGUCCAACAGCCCUGUGUUGUCCGAGACCUCGCUCACAUCAUUUGAAAUGUCCUCCACAGGCAGCAGCAGGGCAACCAAGCAACAAAAGGCCAAGCGCAGACUUUACAAUCCAAAUGGGGACUUCCUCACAGACUUUUAGUUGGAACUCACUGAUGGGUGUUUGACCAGUUCAUGAAUUCCCAACAGGGACAUAGACACACAAACUGAUGCAGCAACCAACAUUAAGCUGCUAAUGUUUUUAGAAUGAUAGUGUUUU